CAUCGACAACGGCUCCGAUCGUCACGGCCGAUUCACUCGAUUCACUCGUCCGGAUCAGCAACCGGCCCUCCCUUGUUCGUCGUGUGGGCAUUCCUCAUGAAACCGCCGGGCCCGGCGCCUUUCGAUGAUAGGCUCUGACGACUUGUUAGCUCGAUCAGGCCAUGCGCAGGCCAUGCGAGGGUGCUACUAGUCAGUGUCGUCGUUCUAUCAGACAUCAUGCCUCUUACUAGUAGUGCAGUCCUCUCUGCUGCCAGCGAGGGGCCUUCUAGGCAGGCUUCGAUCUGGGCCCCACUAGGGACGACAGCCAAGGCAUCGAGGGCUAGAACUUGCUGGAACGUGCGAUCGUGUGGAUUCUGGGGCCAUUCAUGCCAAUAGCUAAACGGUUAGCCACAGCACGACGAUGUAGGGGGGAGAUGGGGCACAUGGGACAGCCCCAUCUGCACCCUCUCCUUGGUCAGCUUGCCUCCUCGCGUCUCAGCAGCACGCGACCAUCAUUCGAUUGCUGUAUGUGGUCUGUCUGCGGGGUAGUGUUAUGUCCUUGGUGAGGGUGGUACCUUGACCUCCACACUUCCUGGCCGCAAGCCCAAGGUAUACCCCAUCAGACGAGAGGUAUGCCUUUUGUGGUGCGAGUUAAUAGCUAACACGGACCAGACCGAGUAACCCUCCUUGGUCCAGGCUGACAGGACGGACAUGGCCCCCUCCGCGGUAGGAUCCUUGCCCGCCUCCCCCUUUGAUCGGGCUUCCCCCAACCGUCAUCGUCAUAAUGUCCCGAUCAGGGGCCAGAUUGGCGGCUCUGCCGUGGCUCUGGGAUGGGACGGGCAUCACCUCAUUGGCAAAGAUCAUCGGCCUUGACGCUGUGAAAGCUUAUUCACCCAGCUAUCCGCCCAGCUGCGACGCAUUGGUUGCGUCCUCCGCGCAAGCGAGCGGCUUGAGCUUCCCUGCCGUGCCUUGAGAGCUUGUCAUCGCGAUGGUUUAAAUACCCCGCUCCUCCUCGCUGUCUUUGCUUGUGUCUGUGGCUUUGAACCAUCAUCCAGCCCUCUGCUACAUACGAUUAUUGUGUGAAAUACGACUACCGCGAAAGCGCCCCUACUACAAAGAUCAAGAAUCUUACAACCAGACCAGUCAACAUGGACAAGACCGAACGCUCCAACUCUGUCUCAUCCGAGUCGUCCGCCACCUCCCCAGUCUCACCAACCAGAUCAGGUCGUCGCGGCUCUGGCCCCCUCUUCGCCUCGCUCCACGAGACUAAGCGUCCUAAUGACCCGGCCCUCAUCGCCCGCCGUCAGAGUCUGAGUGAGCAAAGGCCACCACCAGGCAUCUUUGGCAAGAUGUGGAACAACUGGGUACGAGGACCUUCCACUUAGUGUAUGUGGUCGGGAGUUGGGAGUUCACCCGAGCUCGGCUCAUGGAAUCCGCAACAUGUAUGAUUAAGACCUCGGGAUCAAGGUUGGCACAGUUUGGCGCUACUUGGGAUUGAAUUACACGGCACAUAGCAUGGUAUCAGCUCGGUACAAUCGCAGAUUGACACAAUACAAAUCAUUUC